AAUGUCAGUUUGGGUGCUUCGUGAUAGGUAAAAGAACUCAAAUGCUAAUAACCCCAUCUAAUGUCAAUGCACUUUGCUUCGGAAAUUAAAUAAUACUUCCUUGACUUGCAUAUCUGCUGGUUAACACUUAACUGAGCGUGCGAUUUAUAAAAACGUUUGAGAUUAAUAAACGUCCCUAAAAUGAUAUUAAUAUAUAUUUGUGUAGUUAUUUUUAUACUAAUAAUAAUUUUAACAGCCUUGCAUAAAAGUUUGGAAAAGAAAAUUGUUUACAAGAAUCUUAAAAAUAGGCAUGUUGUUAUCACUGGUGGUUCAAGCGGUAUUGGCAAAUCUGCGGCUAUUGAAGCGGUUAAAUUAGGGGCUAAUGUUACGAUAAUCGGUCGUGACAGUCAAAAACUUCUUUCAGCUUUUGGUGAUAUAACUAGGCAUUGUAAACUAUUAAGCGGACAAAAAGUUAAUUAUAUUUCUUUAGAUAUCACAUCGGACUAUGAUUCAAUAGAGAAAUGUUUAUCUAAAGCAGAAUCAGAUAUUGGACCAAUAUUUAUGUUGAUAAACUGUGCUGGAAUGUGUAUUUGUGGCAAGUUUGAAAAUAUGAAGGUAGAACAUAUAAAACAAAUGAUAGAUUUAAAUUAUUUCGGUACAGCCUAUCCAACAAGGUAUGUUCUACCAGGAAUGAAGAAACGUAAUGAAGGCUUAAUAGUAUUUGUUUCUACAGAAGCUGCUCUGUUAGGAAUAUAUGGAUACAGCGCAUAUGGUGCUGCAAAAUGGGCAGUUCGUGGUCUGGCUGAAUCUGUCUUCAUGGAGUUAAUCGGUACUAAUGUGAGAUUGACACUUGCAUUUCCACCAGACACUGAUACACCUGGAUUCAAAAAUGAAGAACUCACAAAACCUAAAGAGACAAAACUGAUAUCUGGUUCUGGAGGUCUUCGCACACCUAAGGAAGUUGGUAGAAAAAUGAUAAGGGACGCAUUGAAUGGCAAGAUAUACUCUGUAUUCGGUUUUAGCGGUCACUUACUAUCAAUUUUAUACUGUGGGACAAUCGACAACCUUACACAAGUUCUGCUACAAAUAUUUUCUAUGGGUAUUUUGAAGGCUAUUAUGGUUGGAGUACAGUUAUCAUUCCAUAAAAUUGUGCGAGAUGGUUUGAAAGAAUACAAAGUUAAUGAAAAUGAUAAAGAAAAAAGUUUAUAACAAUAUACCAAAAAUGUGUCUAGUCCCAUAUCAUUAAUAGCCAAAUUAAAUGAAACUAUAACUUUUUAUCUAUCUAAAUUUACAUAUUUAUUUUAAUUAAUGUAGUUUUUAAAGUUAAAAUAGAAAAAUAGAUAAAAAUUUGUGUAAUUAUUUUAACUAUGUGCAUGUGAGGCGAUGUUAGAUGUACUGAAUUGCUGUUAUUAAUUUAUCUAUUAUUUCUAUCGUUAAUGUGAUCUAAAGUAUUUGGAUA